CAGAGUGAGUAUUCAGCGUACGAAGAUCCGUCAAAUUUAUCAGUUAGUUGAAAGUUGUAUUGAGGAAUCAUCAUCAUCCCUGACUUCUCUCUUGAUUGUACAGAAGCUGCAAAGCUUAGAGGACCAUUUUUCAAGAAUUUUCAUUCAGAAGAAAAACUAAAGAAGAGUUUCGAAGAUGACGAUUGAUUUAUACUACUCGCCAGCUUCCUCGCCCUGUCGUAGCAUUCUUCUUCUGGGAAAAACUCUUGGAAUUCAUUUCAACCUCAUUGAAACACGGUUAUGUAGAGGGGAUAAUUUCAGGCCGGAAUUCUCAAGGAUUAAUUACGAACACAGCAUACCUACAUUAGUGGACAAUGGCUUUGCAUUGUGGGAAUCCCGAGCAAUCCUUAUCUAUUUGGCAGAUAAAUACGGAAAAGAAGACACGCUGUACCCGAAAAAUGCACAGAGGAAGGCUAUUGUGAAUCAGAGACUCUACUUCGAUAUGGGGACCCUCUUUCAACGUCUCGCUGAUUGUUACCUCAAACCCGUCAUAGAAAAGAAACCUGUCGAUCCGCAAGAUUCGUGGAAAAUGGAGGAGGCUGUUGGUUUUCUUAAUAUCGCUCUUGCGGGCCAUAAGUAUGCUGCUGGAGACACCAUGACCAUUGCAGACUUUGCUCUUGUUGCAACCAUCUCAACGUAUGAAGGACUCAAGUUUGAUUUGACCCCCUACGCCAAUGUGACCAAAUGGUUUAACCGGUGCAAAAAGCAUAUGCGUGGGUAUGAAAUUAAUCAAAGGGGUGUGGAUGAUUUUGUGAGAACAGUUGCGCCAUUGCUACCAAAAACUGAAUGAACAUUAUUUUAUGUUUUUUUUAUGAACAUUUUAGUGUUUUUCCCAAAUUAAUAAGAAAAAUAAUUGUAGGAUCCUUCACUCUAUAUUAAGGAUAAAGCUCUAAGAACCUUUUCCGAUUAUGCUUACACAACUGUAUUCAUAUCAUUAAUUUUGACCACCAUCUGUACUUAUGAUGAUAAUAAAUUGAUAUGAAUACUCA